AGGAGACAAAGAGAUGAGAGCAGCCUAUGAAGCCAUGAUGCCUCAACUAAAGGAACAACUCGCAGAACAACAGAUUUCAUUCAGAUUUAUUCCACCUGGUGCCCCUCAUUUCUGGGGAGCUUGGGAACGGGAAGUUAAGUCAGGAAAGCAAGCCCUAAAGGUAGUACUGAAGGAUCAAACAGUGACUGAAACUGCACUGUGUACUGUGCUCACUGAGGUAGAGGGCAUCCUAAAUGCCAAACCUUUGGGAUACGUGUCCUCCGACGUGUCGGAUCCAGACCCAGUUAUGCCUAGCAUUCUCCUAAUGGGCCGACAUGAUUCCUCACUCCCACAAGUGCUCUAUGAUUCAAGUAAUCAAUUGGGAACCAGAAGAUGGAAACAUAGCCAGGUACUUGCUGACCAUUUCUGGUCUAGAUUCAUCCAUUACUAUCUCCCGAAUCUGCAAGAAAGACAGAAGUGGCGUAAAGAUGGAGGAGAAAUUGGUCUAGACCAGGUGGUACUGAUAGUGGACCCACAACUUCCACGUGCAUGUUGGCCAGUAGGUAAAGUGACGAAUAUUUUCCCUGGACUUGAUGGACGUACCAGAACAGUUGCAGUUCAGGUACACAAUCGCACAUAUGUGAGACCUGUAUCCCGUAUAGUCCCACUCCCUAAGCUUUCUGAUGAUCACCCUUUUGAGCCUACUAAUUAGUUAGGGUUUCUCACUGUUUCAAAUGUCCUUACUCACAUUUGGGGGCGGCUAUGUGAGAAAGCCCUAACACGCCCCCUAGUGGAAUGUAGCAUACACAGCUCAUUCAGGCGCAAACGUGCAGAGUCGGUAGCUGAAUUGCGAGUAUGAGUCAGGCUGGCUGGACUGUUUAUUCCACUUUGUGUAUGUUUUCUCCAGUGCGUGAAUGACUGCUGUUCAUGGCACUGUUUUGACAUGGGGUGGAGUCAAGAAAGUGGGGCGUGUUCAGCGGGCCUGGCCACGCCUCCCUCCGAGUGACAUCAUCAAGGCACUUAUCAAGGUGAAGCCAGACAUAGAGAAGAUGGCUAGAACCACUUUUGAUGUUUACACUCCUGUAAGUUUUGCUUAUCAGGCUCUGGAAGGAGAAAUGAACUAUGUGAUCAAUGUGAAUGUCGGAGAUGUGUGCGUUCAUGCGAUGGCAUCUGAAGCUCUCCCCCAUGGAAAGAAACUGACUGUGCUUAGAAUCCAGCACCCUAAAGUCCUCAGUGACCCUCUGAAACCCUUCUGAACACGUCUAACCGCAUGCAGAAAAUAGUCUGUCUUAUCUAAUAACAGACACACACAAUGAUCUGCCAUACUGUAUAGAGGAACUAUUGAAAACUGUUUCAUUCCUCAAUAUUAAACUCAAUAUUCAAACCCUCA